GCUUCGCAGUGAUCCUGACGCAGACGGUCAGCGACUACUGCCGGGAUCAGCAGGUGAAGGCCACCGGGGAUCCCAAUGCUCUGCCAUUCUGCAUCGACCCCGCUCUCCUUCAAUUCUGGCCGGGUGUGCUGGAGAGUAUGCUUACACUCUUCCUGUCCAUCUCUGGCGGAAUCGACUGGCAGCAAGCGAUGGAACCUCUGCGCGAGGUUUCCCCAGCGGCGGUCAUUAUCAUGAUCCUGUUCAUCGUUGUGACGGUCUUUGCGGUGUUGAAUGUCGUUACCGGUGUGUUCUGCAACACAGCCAUCGAGAGUGCCCAGUCGGACAAGGACAUCGCCAUCAUGAAGCAGAUGCACAAGCAGAG